AUGCGAAUCGGCAGUUAUAGAUGUCCGAUCCUUCGCUUUUUCCGCCGAAAAUUCCUGAGUGGUAAUAUGACUGGGGAGGGCGAGGCGUUCUACGAGGACACUGUCUCACGUUCCUGGUUGUCUAUCAAUAAAGGUUCAUCAACUGAAAAGAAACUUGGCUUGCAAGAUCUAGCUGAUGCUGUUCGUCUACCGUUGAUCGCUGGUUAUGUCUCGUGGAAGUUGCUGGAGCCGUACUAG